AUGGACACAGCUUAUCGAAUGGACACGGGUUUCAUUGAGGGAUAUUCGCCAAAUGACGGCAUCAACACGACCUUGGACACCUUCAAACGGUGCUGUAGCCAACUCAUGCAACUUCAGCUGUCUGAGGACGGACCCACCUCUCCCAGGAUCCGUAAACCAGUCUCGGGAUACAGGACCACCACUCCCAGGACCCGUAAACCAGUCUCCGGGAUACAGGACCACCUCUCCAAGGACCCGAAAACCAGUCUCCAGGAUACAGGACCACCUCUCCAAGGACCCGUAAACCAGUCUCGGGAUACAGGAUCACCACUCCCAGGACCCGUAAACCAGUCUCGGGAUACAGGAUCACCACUCCCAGGACCCGUAAACCAGUCUCGGGGGACAGGACCACCACUCCAAGGACCCGUAAACCAGUCUCGGGAAACAGGACCACCUCUCCCAGGACCCGAAAACCAGCCUCCGGGAUACAGGACCACCUCUCCAAGGAUCCGUAAACCAGUAUCCGGAAUACAGGACCACCCCUCCCAGGACCCGUAA